AUGUCGGGAGGGAUCGCGCGGGGACGUCUCGCUGAGGAGCGCAAGGCCUGGCGGAAGAACCAUCCCCAUGUCCGCUCCUUCUCCUUCUCCUCCUUCUUCAUCAUCAUCUUCUUCUUCUCUUCUUUGUUCCUUUCUUCCGUCUUCUGCUACAACUGCUGCUGCUGCUCUCUUCUUUCUUCCCCUUCUCCCGAUAAAUACAGUGGCUAAACUCAUUGUUCUGCUUCGUUUCCUCUCUCUCUCUCUCUCUCUCUCGUUGUCGGUGAUGACUAGGGUUUCGUCGCGAAGCCGGAGACUCUGUCUGACGGCUCUGUGAACCUGAUGGCCUGGCACUGCUCCAUCCCCGGCAAACAAGGGGUAACGUUCUUUGACGAACCCUCUCCCCCUCCCCCGACGGUUCCGCCAUUGGUUUUUCAUGCAGUCGAAAGGGAUUGCCCUUCGACCGGCUCUCGCCCUUCCUCUGGUCUGGGCCUCGAUGUACUUUCCUUCUCUUUUUCUUUUUUCCUGUGCGUGUGCCCUCUGCUUCAUCUCUGCAGUUGGGCGAGAACGGAGUUAGCAACCGAUCUCGCGUGUGGCUGAAUCACGGUGGCCGUUGUGUUGGUAUAGAAUUUCCGUCCGAGUGUUGAUGAUCUCUCGUAGGAGGGGCGUAGGUUGUCGUCUGAAACCAUAUAACGGCCACCCUCUCUUCGGAUUUCCUCCACAUUGAUUUCUUGCUUUAUGUUUGGUGCUCAUGAGGCUCGAUCCCUGGCUGUCAAUGAGGGAACCCAGGUAGACGAGAGGCUAGCCCCCCCACCAUUUUUUUUUUUCUUUCUUGCAAUUAUGGAUCAUCUGAUCAAAUCCAAUCGCCCCGGAAGACCCCAGGUUCAGGCUCAGCCUGAUCGUUGUGGAGUUGAGAUCGCUCGUCACCGGCUUUGAAUCAAGAAAGCCGAAAACCCCCUGUCCUCUGUGAAAAAGGAGGAUCGGCGGCGCAAUGGAGGGCUGCAGCAGCAGCAGGAGCUUGCACAACCUCGAUUCUUGCUGCCUUCUCUUCGCCCUUCACCUUCUGCGUACUUUCUGUUCAUACCCGCAGUAUCUAGGCACAUCACGGCGGUGGUUUUGGCGACGCACGACCCGAGAUUGAUCACAGGAAAGCUUAGGCUUGAUGGGUCUCCCUCCAUACGAGGCUGUGCUGCCGUGCAGUGGUGUAAUGGAGGAGAGCACGCGCCGGCCUGUUCUCUGUGUGGAGUUGAUUCUUCUGAACUGGCGAGUCUGGGGUGCUUCACCAGCUUCGGUGCGAAAUGUCAUCUCACGGGUCGCUCAUCCGGAUUUAGAUUAUGUCUAAACUUUCUGGGACCGAAUGUUCGUGCACCCCCCUUGUGGAAAGGAGAGGAAGAUUCUAGGGUGAAAGGUCAAAGUCUCUGAGGGAGGGAGGGUGGGAGAGUGAGAGCUUCUCUUUGUCUUAGUGUGUGUUUCGCUUCGCUGGAUAUGUUUUGUCCACUGUGAAUUCGCUUUCUUCAGCGAGCGUCGUCAGGAAUGAGCUCUCAUGGUUUGGACCUUCCUUUCUAGCAGACUGACUGGGAUGGCGGUUCCUAUCCGCUCACUCUCCACUUCAGCGAGGACUACCCCAGCAAACCCCCCAAGUGCAAGUUCCCGCAGGGCUUUUUCCAUCCUAACGUCUAUCCUUCUGGAACGGUCUGCCUCUCCAUCCUGAACGAAGACAGCGUGAGUCCCCCCCCCUCCCUCCCUCUCUCUUUCUCUCUUUAUUGUAAGAUUUAGAGAUUGGAAAGGACUCGGUGGUGUUGGUGGUGGUGGCGAAAGAGCCCUGGCGAGGCCAGCGCUAAUAAAGGGCCGGCCAUUUUUCAGGGGUGGAGGCCCGCGAUCACCGUGAAGCAGAUUCUGGUGGGCAUACAAGACCUGCUGGACCAGCCAAAUCCGGCCGAUCCCGCCCAGACGGAUGGAUACCAGCUCUUUAUCCAGGUACGCCCCCCCCCGCCCCCCCCCAACCCACUGACCUGGGCCCUCCUUCUCCCUCCCUUCUUCUCACUCCCUCCUUUUCCUCGGUUCUCUGCAGGACGCGGUGGAGUACAGAAGAAGGGUUCGGCUGCAGGCGAAGCAGUACCCGUCGCUCGUCUAA